AUGGUUUCCUUCACUCAGCUUCUUACUUUCCUCGCCGCCUCCGUGGCUGUUGCCUCCCCGGUCUCCUUCUCUGAUAACGGAGAAGGCAUCAUUGAGAUCCGUGCCGGCGAUGACGUCUACGUCUGCAAGGCCGGCUCCAGCAACAGCGGCGCCUUGUACGGCGAGAUCAAGCUCGCCGACGCCAUGCGCGACGUCGCCGCCGCCAAGACCACCAAGGGCUCCAGCGGCUACCCCAAGCCCUUCGGCAACCUGGGCAACGUCAUGAACUUCGCUUCAGGCUGCUCCAGCGAUGUCUGGGAGCUCCCCGUCCUGCCUGGCGGCAAGGCCUACAACUACAACGCCAAGAAGGGCGGCAACUCUCCCGGCCCCAUUCGUGUCUUUUACAACAAGAACCUCCAGUUCUGCGGCAUCGGCGCCAAGGAGAAGGCCGAUGGUAGCGGCAACCCCCACAACUGCGCUCUCAAGCCCAAGGCCGAGGACAAGGGAAAGGGUAAGGGCAAGGACAAGGGCAAGGGAAAGGGAAAGGCCUCUGCCUAG